AUGCGGGGACAAGGGGGUGGCCGUCGCGGCGACGAGGAAGAGAGUGAGUCGGCCAUGGAGGAGGUGACAGAUGCCACGGCGGCCGUCCGCCAGGUUCUCAAGAACGCCCUCGCGGUAGGGGGCGUCGUCCGUGGCUUCAGAGAGGUUUGCAGGCACGUCAGAUGCAAGCGGGCACAGGUCGUAUUCCUUGCGGAGUCCUGCGACGAGCAGGACAAGGUAGGCAUCGUACUGGGACUGUGCCAGAAGGACGGGGUUCCCUUGGUCAGAGUGCCGAAGACAGAGCAGACCGAACAGCAUUUUGGCAAGUGGGCGGGUGCGGACCCGCGGAAGGUGCGUCCGCCCGUAAUAGGGGAUGCCGUCACAAGGACGGGGCGGAUUGUUACCAGACGAGUGCGAGGAGGCGCCAGCUUUCUGUGCGUCACCAGUUACGGUGAGCAAGGGAUGGCUACGAGUACAUGA